AUGAACAUUUUUUUAUCUGGUAAUGACUUACAAAAGCAUCUACGAGCACAAUGUUAUUCCGACCAGAUUCGAAAGCAAAUAUUCGAAUCGACUGCUCAUGUAAAAAAUCCAAAACAUCAAUUAGCAAUUCAAGUUAUAUUGUGGCAAAAUAAAAUAUUUUUUGAUCCUUCGUCGUCAAUUAUUAAUAUUCCUCCACAAUUGGCAAUUAGAACUGGUGAUCAUCCACCUAUCUAUUCAAAACAAUAUCCAGCUUCAUACAAAGAUCAAGACAUUAAAUUUCAAGAAACACAAAAAUUAUUAGAACGUGGUCAAAUUGAAGAAUCAACUUCUCCAUGGUCAUCACCGAUCGUUCUUGUUAAGAAAAAAGACAAAACCAUGCGAUUUUGCAUUGAUUACCGUUGGUUAAAUGCUAUUAUAAUUAAAGAUGCAUUUCCAUUUCCUCGAAUUGAUGAAAUAUUUGAUCAAUUAUCCGAUGCAAUGUAUUAUACAAAAUUUGAUUUUAAAUCUGGAUAUUUCCAGAUUCCUCUAUCUAAAGAGGACCGACCGAACACGGCUUUCUCUACGUGA